UUUUAGCCUUGAAACAUGUUAUUUUCCACGUACUACACGAGCUGCUCCAAACACUUGAGGGUGUUAUCAACUGAAUAUUGCAAAUGGCAACAGCUUGGAAACCAGACUGUACAGAAAACGCCAAACACGAGUCAGUUGAAAACAUGAAAACAUUUUUCACAAACCAUGAAACGAGCGAGGUGGUCAGAAAGAUGGGUAAAGAGGAUCGAGAAGGGGUUUUGAGCUGGUGUUCUGAAGGACAGUCUAUAAAGACUGAACGCACAAUAGCAAGCGAUUCAAAACCAGCACCUUGCGCGUUGAGUAAAACCCAUUACAAUAAACCUGUUUGUAAAGAUCACAAAAGAGUCAGUUCUCACAAACUGGUGAUACAGUACAUAGUACCCUGUAUGAACUCGUAUGGUUUGUGCAUCGUGGACAAUUUUCUUGGUAACAAAUUUGGAGACAAAAUUUUGCAAGAAGUCAUAACCCUUCAUGGAUGUGGAAAGUUUCGGGAUGGAGAGCUUGCAAGUCAAAAGUCAGGCACAAAUAAGUCCAUUCGAGGGGAUAAAAUAAUGUGGGUGGAGGGUAACGAACCUGGCUGCGAAAACAUAGGCUUGCUCUUGUCGAGAAUGGACAGACUCAUCACGCAUGCUGACGGAAGGCUUGGCACUUACACUAUUAGAGGAAGACACAAGGCAAUGGUAGCGUGUUACCCGGGUAACGGAACUGGUUAUGUGAAACAUGUAGACAACCCUAAUGCUGAUGGGCGCUGUGUUACGUGUAUUUAUUAUCUGAAUAAGAACUGGGAUGCAAAGGAAAACGGUGGUAUUCUGAAAAUAUUCCCAGAAGGAAAGUCCUACGUAGCAGAUGUUGAACCAAUUUUUGACCGAUUAUUAUUUUUCUGGUCCGAUAGAAGAAAUCCACAUGAAGUCCAGCCUGCUUACGCAACUCGGUAUGCCAUUACUGUAUGGUAUUUCGAUGUAGAGGAAAGAGCUCAAGCUAAAAAGAGAUUCAGAGACUUAACAGCGUCUUCACAAGAGAGAAGUUUUGCUUCUUGAUAUGAGUGGACCACAACAAAUAAAUCUUCAGAAGACGUGCACUUAAUCAUGAGAGCCAAAGAUAACAAUCCAGCUUUUAAGUUGUGUCUUUCAAACCAGCGUUUGUCCUUGUUACUUUUGCAUGUUUGAACUGCACUAAUGGUACGGACUACAACUUUAUUUGCAGUACAUUGUUGAUAAAGUCCAAACAGGCUUCUGUUUUAAAAGGAAAUAUAAACACAUUUUGUUUUUUUGGGUGAAUUUUGCUCUACCAUGUGACUCUAAAUACUGUCUUAGAUUGGUUUUGUUUGCGUUGCAAACAUUUGUUUGAGUAAUUCUGUUUGUAUUGUACAUACCAUGCAAAACCAAAACAGUGCAUGAAUUAUUGAGAACGUCAUGUACUUUAAAUAAUUUCAGAACCACAUUGUAUAAAGUUUGCCCACUUUUAAAAUACUAUAAACAUUGCAUAAAAUACAUGCAUACAUUUCAGGUGUCUCUUUGUAAAGCUUGAAUCAUAGUGUAAUUAAUAUAAUGGUCCUUAAAGCUUGAUGCCAGCUUGCAUGCUGGACAGCAAUGCUGGCAGGUUAGAAUAUAUAAAAAUAUAUAAAAACUGUGGUGAAAGUAAACCCGCUUUCUUUAAAAUGUGAUAUUGUCAGUGUUCAAGAACAUGUUUUUUUAAUUUAAAAAAGUAGUUUUUUGCACAAAGGAUGUGUUUUGGGUUUUUCUUUGAAUUAUUUUGCAUUUUAACAGCUCAGCAUACUGGGAUAAAGGUGUCUACCAAAUCCAUAAAUAAUAAUAAUACUGAAUGCCCUUGCUACACUGCAGACAAACAAGCAUUGAGUAAAACUGUUUUUAAACUUCAUUUUUCGAUUCAAAAGAUUUAUUACCUCUAUCAAAUAGAAAUGUAUUUCUAAAAUGUGUUUAGCUGAAGCAUUAGCCAGCCUAACUUGGUGUCUUGUAGUUUAACACCUGAAUAUAAUAUUAUGAGUUUGAAGUUAUGGAUGAAGAAAAGAACAGAUUACAUGAGGACAGCUAGUGAGAGUCACAGACUGGGGAAUGCCUUGUCAAACGGCACCCAUUCAAACCAGGUUAAGUAAAUAUCAGAGGCGAAUACUGCUCAUCUCCUUUUCAACCUCUGUGAGGUUUGUAAACACAGUGAUGAACUAUGUUGUAAAAACGCAGAAACUAACUGAAAGUAAUAAAGUGUUACCAGAUAGUGUAACCUUGGUAGCUAAGCAUUAAUAAAAGUUACAGUACUUGCACACACUAACUGUAAUUACAGAUGGAAGCAGAAGAAUCUAGAGAUCCAAUUGAUACGAUCAAAAAUGGAUUACAGUAAUAGUUAUAUUUAAGUACAUCAGGUUUCUUGUAGUAUCUAAUAAUUAUUGAUAUAUCUGAUUACUGGUUCUAUGUUAUAACAAAAUACAGUUAAAACUAUACUAGACUACCGAGGAAAGUUUUAUGAAUAUUUAUUAAACACACACAAAAAAAAACACACACAAAGACUUUUUUUAAAACAAUCCAAAGCUAUGUGAACAGGGUCAUAUAAAUAAAAAUACCAGAAGCUCUGGAUCUUUCCAGUGAGUUUCCUGUGCAUUUUUCCCCAUAUGAUUUAUUUCUGUCCAAGAUCGCCCUCUACUGGGAUCAAAUUAUACGUGUCGCAGUGUUUAGAACUGUCACUGUUUAGAUCAAUUGAAUAGACCCCUAUGUGUACUUAAUGUGCUAUUUGCCCCGGAAACUAUUAUGUUAUGUUAGUGGAAGUCAUCUCCAGCCAGGAUCGAACAUAGGAGUGGCACCACCAAGUGGUGAAAGAGACGUUACUACAAGUUACUUCGCAAGAACAUACCAUACAGUAGAACUAACCAACCCAUUGGAAGAAUGUGUGCAUAACUUUUAAGCCUUAUACAGCAGUAUGACAAGUUAAUAAUAAUUAUUCACUACAUCCUGACAGAUUUAUCAAUAUAUUAGAAUCUGAAUGUUUUGUUGUGUGCAAAAAUAAUUAAUUAAACAAAACA